CCUCCAGCCUCUCAGACCCGCGAUAUGAGCUGGAUAACGAUGAACACGAAACGCGUGGCGUCCUGAUAACAAAGUCUCGAUGGACCCGAGCGGAUUGAGCCUCCUCUGAUCCACACAAUAGCAGCCAAAGCAGCAUCUCUAACGGACACGACAUGGAUGAUUCGGGAAUAAUCAGGCGCAGGAGACUGCAGAAGGAUCUUCCCCUGCCCCGUAAGAACAGCAGUUGCCGCAGUAACCGGAAGAGUUUGAUUCUGACCUCGCCGACUCUGCCCCGCCCACAUUCCCCGUUACCGGGACACAUCGGGAGUAGCCCGCUGGACAGCCCUCGCAACUUCUCUCCCAGCACCCCUGCUCACUUCUCCUUUGCUUCCUCCAGACGUGAUGGGCGUCGAUGGUCACUGGCAUCUCUUCCGUCUUCUGGAUAUGGAACCAACACACCCAGUUCAACGUCUUCCAGCUCGUCUCAGGAGCGUCUGCACCAGCUGCCGUCUCAACCCACCCUGGACGAGCUGCACUUCCUCUCCAGCCACUUCGGCAGUGAAGAGAGCAUCACUGAUGACGACGGGGGACGCUGUUCUCCACACACACGACCCCGCUCACGCAGCCUGAGUCCAGGUCGUUCUCACUCCUGCUAUGACAAUGAGAUCAUCAUGAUGAAUCAUGUUUACAGGGAGCGUUUCCCCAAGGCCACGGCGCAGAUGGAGGGCCGCCUGUGUGACUUCAUCCACACAUAUUGUCCCGAGAGCGUUCUCCCGCUGGCCGACGGGGUCCUGAGCUUCAUCCACCACCAGAUCAUCGAGCUGUCCAGAGACUGCCUGACCAAAUCUGGAGAAGGCCUCAUCACGUCGGUCUACUUCUUCGAGCUGCAGGAGAACCUGGAGAAGCUCCUGGACGACGCGUACAAGCGGUCAGAGAGUUCAGAGUUGACCUUCGUCACUGAGUUGGUGAAGAAACUCCUCUUCAUCAUCGCUCGACCUGCACGACUGUUGGAGUGUUUGGAGUUUAACCCUGAGGAGUUUUAUCAUCUGCUGGAAGCGGCUGAAGAUCACGCUAAAGAAGGACACCUGAUGAAGACCGACAUCCCACGCUACAUCAUCAGCCAGCUGGGCCUGACACGAGACCCUCUGGAGGAGAUGGUCAGUCGAGAGCACUAUGAUAGCGAGGGUCCCGUCACACCGGAGACGGACGAUUCUGCAGAGGGAAAAAUGAAACCCAUGAAGCCACCUGGAGAGGCUGAUUUCCAGACCAUCAAACUAAUCAGCAAUGGAGCCUAUGGCGCGGUGUAUCUGGUCCGUCACCUGGAGACCCGUCAGCGCUUCGCUAUGAAGAAGAUCAACAAACAGAACCUGAUUCUGAGGAACCAGAUCCAGCAGGCGUUUGUGGAGCGAGACAUCCUGACCUUCGCGGAGAACCCGUUCGUGGUCAGCAUGUUCUGCUCCUUCGAGACCAGACGACACCUGUGUAUGGUCAUGGAGUACGUGGAGGGAGGCGACUGUGCAACGCUGCUGAAGAAUAUUGGAGCGCUGCCCGUGGAAAUGGCACGCAUGUACUUCGCUGAAACCGUCCUGGCGCUCGAGUACAUUCACAACUAUGGAAUCGUGCACCGCGAUCUCAAACCUGACAAUCUGCUCAUCAAUUCCAUGGGACACAUUAAACUCACGGAUUUCGGUUUGUCAAAAAUGGGUCUCAUGAGUCUCACCACAAACCUGUACGAGGGACACAUCGAGAAGGACACCAGGGAGUUCCUGGAUAAACAGGUCUGCGGCACCCCGGAGUACAUCGCCCCGGAGGUGAUCCUGCGGCAGGGCUACGGGAAGCCGGUGGACUGGUGGGCCAUGGGCAUCAUCCUCUACGAGUUCCUGGUGGGAUGCGUGCCGUUCUUCGGCGACACACCCGAGGAGCUGUUCGGCCAGGUGAUCUCAGAUUAUAUUGCGUGGCCCGAUGAGGACGACGCUCUCCCGGCUGACGCGCAGCACCUGAUCUCAUCUCUACUGCAGACCAGCCCGCUGCUCAGACUGGGCACAGGUGGAGCGUUCGAGGUGAAGCAGCAUUCGUUCUUCUGUGAUCUGGACUGGAGCGGCCUGCUCCGACAGAAAGCCGAGUUCAUCCCGCAUCUGGAGUCGGAGGAGGACACCAGCUACUUCGACACGCGAUCCGAGCGAUAUCAUCACGUUCACUCGUACGAUGAGGACGACACCAAUGACGACGAGCCAGUGGAGAUUCACCACUUCUCCUCCUGCUCUCCACGCUUCAGCAAGGUGUACAGCAGCAUGGAGCAACUGUCCCAGCUGGAGCACAAACCUGUGGUGACCCGCCGAGAGCCCAAAGCUCACAGAGAAGAUCGCGGGAAGAGAGAGAGUCUGGGCAGCCUGACCCUCCGGGACAAGACCUGGAGAACCGGAUCCCCUGAGAUGAAGCGUUUGUCGUGUUCGGAGUCGUCCUUCACAGAAUCAGACUCCAGUCCUCCCGGAGCUCGCCGCCGCUUCUCAGCGCUGAUGGACACGCACCGCUUCGCUUCUCCACUAGAGGGAGACGGUGAGGUGCACACGCGCCAGCCAGCGAUCAAAGUCAGGGGCACGUCACUAGAGGGCGCCAGCGUGCCCGUCAGCUCCGGACUGAUGGAGUCAGUGGGACAUCCGGGAGAUAAACUUCUGCGGCCUGCCGAUGCCGCCGUGCCUCUGCACAUCCCAGACUCGUUUGGGCCUCGAGUCGGAAGUGACCUCGUGUUACGAAGAGCCCGACAUCAUCAGAUUCCCACCGCCGACAGUGGGAAAAGCACCGCGACUCGCUCCGGCACCAAAGUCAUAAAGUCGGCCUCGACCACGGCCCUGUCUGUCAUCAUACCUGCAGUUGAGCAGCAUGGCACGUCUCCAUUGGCCAGUCCCAUGUCUCCUCGCUCCAUCUCGUCCAAUCCCUCUUCUCGUGACUCAUCUCCGAGUCGCGACUACUCGCCUACGGUCAAUGUCCUGCGCUCCCCGAUCACCAUCCAUCGCUCUGGGAAGAAGUACGGCUUCACGCUGCGCGCCAUCAGAGUCUACAUGGGCGACAGUCACGUGUACAGCGUGCAUCACAUGGUCUGGCAUGUAGAGUGUGGCGGGCCGGCCCAGGAGGCGGGGCUUUGUGCCGGUGACCUCAUUACCCAUGUGAACGGGGAGUCUGUGCACGGAUUGGUCCACACAGAGGUGGUGGAGCUCAUCCUGAAGAGUGGCAGCAAAGUAACAGUGACGACUACUCCGUUCGAAAACACAUCUAUAAAGAUCGGGCCGGCCAGGAAGCUGAGCUACAAAGCCAAGAUGGCCCGACGCAACAAGAAGUCAGUUCCAAAAGAUGGACAAGAGAGUAAAAAGCGCAGCUCUCUCUUCCGUAAGAUCACGAAACAGUCAAACCUGCUUCACACCAGUCGUAGUCUGUCCUCUCUGAAUCGCUCGCUGUCGUCUGGAGACAGUCUGCCGGGAUCUCCGACACACAACCUGUCUGCUCGCUCGCCCACUCAGACGUAUCGCUCUCCUCCAGACUCCGCCCACCUCGGCACGUCGUCUCAGAGCAGCUCUCCCGCGUCCAGCACGCCAAACUCGCCUGCGACGUCUCAGCACAUGCGGCCAAGCUCUCUCUACGGUCUCUCACCCAAACUCCACCGCCAGUACCGUUCUGCUCGCUGCAAAUCCGCUGGGAACAUUCCUCUGUCCCCGUUAGCUCACACGCCAUCCCCAACUUCGUCCUCUCCUCCGCCCAUCGCUGGACACACCGUCGGCAGCUCCAACACCACACAAGCCUUCCCCGCCAAGCUUCAUGCAUCCCCUCCAAUCACGCGCCCCCGUCCCAAGAGCGCAGAACCCCCCCGUUCCCCUCUCCUCCAACGGGUGCAGUCCGCCGAGAAGCUGGGCCCGCCCCCUACGCCAUCUUUCCCAUCCUCCUCAUCUUCCGUGUGCUCGGAUAGGAAGGGAGGGCUUUGCGUGUCCAUGAGAAAACACGGAUUGGAGGUUGUGCAUGCCGAAUACCGCCGGGAGUCGUUCCACUGCGAACACGCUCUCCAGAGCCUGAUGGAGAUCGAGGGAGAGAAUACACCCGGGGCUCCGCCUUCUCCACCCGAACAGACGCCAACGCACACCCCCACCCAACACACGUUGAGUCCGGCGAGGCAUCUUGGAAGGCAGGACUCAAUGACGGUUCGAGAGUCCGAGAUUACACCAAGGAAGCCUGACUCAAGUGUAGCAGUUUUAAAAACCACGUCAAAAACCGAACCAUUGGAUCCCAAAUCAAUCCAAUUGGCCGAAACACCUCAGAAGGAGAAAGUUGGCUCAAAGUCUGAGUCUUCUCAAGUCUCAGUCGUCUCAAUAGUCAAGGAGGGAGCUAGGGAUGUGGGAAAGAGCGAAUUUCUUAGCGUCACAUCCGCAAUGGGAUGUGGCUCAAAGACCCCAAAUUGGACGCCAAUUGUCCAGAGCUCUGGAUCACAGGAACUCAAACGCCAGAGCCUUCAAACCGAGGGUCCUAAAGGGAUGGAGAAUGGCAAAACCGAGGGUCCUAAAGGGAUGGAGAAUAGCAAAACCGAGGGUCCUAAAGGGCUGGAGAAUGGCAAAGCCACUGAAAAGAUCCCGGCGAAGGAGAAAACCCCACCGAUAGUUGCUCCAGAGGCAAGCAAGUCAGGUAAAGGACCUCUAAGCGUUGAGGGGACUGGACCUAGUAUUGUUGCCGCACCUAAAGUCAAAGAAGCCAUUCCUGUCCAGUCUAAAACCAUUGAAGAACGGGUUCAAACCCCAUCAGGGUCAACCAGAGCCCCUCAAGAGGAAAUAAGGCGGCUGGAAGCGGUUGAUGAGUCCCAAGCCUCUCCGUCUCCAACCGCUAAGUCGCCUUGCACAAGCAAAUCCCGUGCCGUAUCUCCUGGCGACAGGUCGAGCUUUGUGACGCAGCUCACCAGUGUGGCUAAAACUGUGCUUGGGCCGAUGAAGUUGGGCUCUCAGGAUGGCGGGAAGGGCAAGGACAGCUCCAAAACCAACGAGGACAAACGAGCCGCCACCUUGGGAAAGUCCGAGGCCUCGUCCGGGAGUCGCCGUGGGCUGACUGGAACUUGGCCCGGUCCUGGAUCGUCAAAGCCUGAAAAGGCAUCAAAGAGCUCUUCCAAACAUUCAUAAUAUUCUAAUGGGAAUAUUCUGUUGGGAACUUUAAAAACAGAAUGUGUUCCCAGUAUUUGUCCAAAUGCAGACUGUUCAAAAGACUCUACAGCCAUCAAACCAAGACAUAAAAAAAACAACAACAAAAAACGCAAACAAGUAAAGGUGCUUCUAAAUGACCCUUGUCAAAUGUGUUUGUGCAUAUGGCGUACGAGUGUGUGCACCAUCAUAUGUGGAUGUAGAACAAACCAGUAUGUCUUUCUAGAUGCAUGUUACAUUGUAUAUUGUGAAUAGAAAAGUAAAAAAAUAAGAUAUGAAAAAUGAAAUCAAGACCUAAUGCUAGUGAACACUGCACAUCCAAUCAUUCCUGCCAGGUCUGUAGAGGGCAUGUACUUUCAGUCAUCACCAUAUCAUCCAAUCAGUUUGUCAGAUUUAGAAACGAGAGGUACAGUAGUUAAAGUGUUUGUUUACCAAGUGACCGACACUAUAGAUCUAAACACUCUCAUUCUGGUACCUCGGCUAUACUGUUAAACUGCAGACGGUAGCGCUAUACGAAUGCUAGAGGCAACAGAAAUGGGAAAUGAUUGUUGCACAAGGACAGAACCGUGUGAAUAAGUGCUUGUUUCUGCUGUCUUAAUUAUAUUUGCACUGGAAAUGCCCAGCAAAAGUCAACAUGAAAUCUAAAUUGACCAUAUUUACUUUAGUGAUGCAUGUUCCUGGUGUUAUUGUGCACGAUUCAUCAGUGCACGGCUUUCCCUUUCAGCUAACAUCACCUUGGUCGUGCACAACGUUUAACCAUCAGACUUUAGUCAGGGUAGUGCCAUAUAUAAUUUUUGACAGGAAUGAAAACUAGGUUGUGAGAAACAGAAGUACAGUGCGUUUAAUGGAUUGCAAUGUUGUUUAAUCUGUGUAAAAUCAACCCCUGACUAAGUUCUACUGUAUAGUCAAAUAGCUACUUUGUGGGAAAUGCAGCCUUUCUAAGUCAAUGCAGCAAUUUAAAGCCAGUUUGCGUUAUGGCAAUAAUAUCACAUAUCUGUAGAAGUAUAUUUGAAGUAGAUUAUGGAAGUGAAAUCAGUUGCAGAUGUCGUUUCAUGUUGACUUUUAUGUGGCUCAAUUUAAAUGUCUAAACCGAGAAAGAGAGUCUAUAUACAGUAGUUAAAUAUGCCAUGCUUGAGACUGAAGCAAAAAACCUCAAGGAUGGCAUCGUUAUGAAAUGAUAUUGAGAUUAUUAGACAAACUCUAUGAAGAAAAUAGCUCACUAUAUGAUGUCAUCCUGUUAGAUUAUAUUAAUAGGCCAGUAAAUGCACUGUGGAUUAUACACUUGAAUUCUUUCAAAGCCUGAAUUAUCCUUUUAGUAUAUGCAGAAGAGUUUGUGAAGUAUGAGGUGGUCUAUGUGUAGAUGUGUUUAAUUUUAAUCCAUCCAGGGCUUUUAAUUCACUUUUGCUACAUAUUCGUGAUCUUUUAUAGGAUUUUAUUACGUAGUAGGAUGACAUGUAAACGUCUAGUGGUUUGCGAGAGAUUAAAUGAUACGUUGGCAGUGGCUUUAUGUGACAUGUGGAAUUGAUCUAAUCUGUUUACACUUUAAAUCUCUCACGUUUGUGUGAACAUACUUUGGAGACUCUCUCUGUGUGUGUGUGUGUGUGUGUGUGUGUGUGUGUGUGUGUAGUGAAUCUAGCAUGUAUUUG